UCCAAAUACCUUCUCAAUUCCCAUUCAUUUAUGACAGAUUUGCUCUUCCUAACUACUCUCAAUUGAUCCAAUAAAGCUUCAAAAUGCGUGGAAUACAAGUCAAAGAAUACGUCAAGGGUCCAUCAGACCUCAAAGUCACUGAAUUGCCCGACCCAGUCCCCGCAAAAGACCAAUACCUAAUAGGAAUCCACGCCUCCGCAACCAAUUUCUUCGACCUCCUCCAGAUCGCCGGAAAAUACCAACAUCAACCAACUCUCCCAUGGAUCUCGGGCUCCGAAUUCGCCGGCGUGGUCAUCUCCGUCCCUUCCUCACUCCCAAAUGGCAGAACACCAAAGUAUAGAAUUGGAGAUAGGGUAUUCGGCGCUUCACAAGGGGGAUACGCAACGAAGGUAGCCGCCCGAGAAGAGACGCUGAAACCCGUGCCGAGAGGAUGGAGUUUCUUCGAAGCAGCAGGCCUGUUUGUUACUGCGCCUACGAGCUACGGUGCUUUGGUCACUCGAGCGAAUAUCAAGGCUGGUGAUUGGGUUCUUGUCCAUGCUGCCGCCGGCGGAGUUGGUCUUGCUGCAGUUCAAAUUGCCAAAGCUUUCGGUGCAACAGUCGUUGCUACGGCGGGUACAAAACAUAAGCUCGAUGUAGCGAAGUCAUUUGGUGCGGAUUAUGCCAUUGAUUAUACGGAUCCUAAAUGGCCGGAUCAGGUUAAGAAGUUGACGCCAAAGGGGAGAGGUGUGGACAUUGUAUUUGAUCCUGUGGGCAUGAUUGAUAAAAGUACGAAGUGUAUUAGGUGGAAUGGGAGGUUACUUGUUAUUGGGUUUGCAGGAGGAGCAAUUGAGAAGAUGCCAUUGAAUAAGGUAUUAUUGAAGAACAUCAGUAUUGUGGGGUUGCACUGGGGAGCAUAUGCCAUCAACGAGCCCGAGAUGGUGGAGCCCGUUUGGCAGGGGCUUUUCAAGCUCAUUGAUGAAGGGAAAUUCAGGGGAACGGUAUUUACGGAUAAAGAAUUCGUGGGCUUGGAGAGUGUUCCUGAUGCUCUGAAGUCUUUGGGUAGUAGAGGGACCUGGGGAAAGGUCGUUGUCAAGGUUCCUCAAGAGGGACAGAGCAAACUGUAAGAUAUGGUUGAUACAUGAGAUAUGCCAUUUUGGAUUCAAUAUUCCUCGGACUCUGGAGCAAAGUACAGCACAGGCGAAUAAAUAUUAAAUGGACUACG